AUGUGGGUAAGGCCCCUAUCCCAAGACUCCACCUGCUUUAGCGGCCCGCUGCGCCUGGUCGAAGAGCGCUACUUGCACCCCCAGAUCCUCGCUGGCAUGAACGGUAAAAACUGUGGUCAGACACCCAUUGAACCUCUUCUGAACGAACAUGAUCGCAUCAUUGGUGGAAGUGAGGCAAUUCCAGGAAGCUGGCCCUGGCACGUUGGAAUUUUCACGAAAGAAGUCUUCUCCAAGCAUAUAUGUUCUGGUGCGCUGAUCUCAGACACACACGUUGUCACGGCCGCUCAUUGUCUCAUGAGAAAAACAUCCAAAAUGUUACUUGUUGUUUUGGGUGCCCAUGAUCAAAAUUACAAUGAAGCUGAUACAAGGACUGUGGAAGUGGCAGAAGUGUGCUUUCAUAAAAGUUACAAAGCACCUCAUGAGAAUGAUAUUGCCAUUCUCACAUUGAAAGAAAAGGUUGAAUUCACAGAUUCAAUUGGUCAAGUGUGCCUGCCGGAUUCAAAACGCCAACUCCCGGAAAACACGGAUAUGUACGUGACAGGUUGGGGACGGUAUAAAGUGGACAGCCCUGAGCUAUCACCUAGGCUCAAACAGCUGCGCUCAAGGACCAUAUCGCACAAGAGAUGCUUUGACGAUUACGGCACAGGGUUGCCAGACAGCGUGUUGUGUACUAGUCAUGAUUUUGGUUCUUCGUGCAAGGGUGACAGUGGAGGCCCUCUCGUGUGGAAUUCAGGAAGUGCAUGGUUUCUAGAAGGCGUGGUUUCCGGUGGACCUGCGAAGUGUGCCAACCCUGACGACCCAUUGCUGUUUACGAAUCUGCCUCCUAAAGUGGACACAUUUAUCUUGCCUUACAUUGAGGCUAGUAACUACACUGAAAAAUCUAAAAUCUGUAAGAUUGUUUAGAACUUCCUAAUAAACUCAAAUAACUACCCCUGAAAUAUAUUUUCAAGCACCAUUUUGCUUAUAUUUCUUAUUGUUGGAGAUUGGCAGUAUUCAAAUAAAAGUAUCUAGAGUUGGGA